UCGGAAUUUGAAAUUAACCAAUCAAACUAAAAUAAGAAUUUUGAUAUAUUCGCAUGAUAUGAAUGAAACCUAGUGAAUAUUUUCUUCUUUUAAAAUAUAAAACCUAUAUUUAUCUACUUAUUCUCUUCUCUUUUUUGGCCAAUAUCUAUCCAUAUAUUCCCUAAUAGUUUUUUUUCAAGAUCUCUCUUUCUCUUACUUCUAACCCCAACAAUAAUUUCAUUUUCCUUUCCUUUCCUCAUCUACACAAAACUUUCUCUUACCAUGUCCUCUCACAAUCCACCAGAUCAACCUUCCUCUUCUAACUCCGGUCGCCACAAGCUACAACCGCUUCUACCGCAAGUUAGCCGCUACGAAUCGCAGAAAAGCCGCGAUUGGAACACGUUCUUACAAUACCUCAAAACCCUAAACCCACCCGUAACAACCUCUCGAUUCGAGCACACACACGUCCUAAGCUUCCUCAACUAUUUAGACCAAUUCGGUAAAACCAAAGUCCAUAAUCAAGCUUGUGUUUUCUUUGGACAACCCGAUCCACCGUCGCCUUGCACUUGUCCUCUCAAGCAAGCUUGGGGAAGCUUAGAUGCUUUGAUCGGACGGUUAAGAGCUGCUUACGAAGAACAUGGUGGUGGAUCAUCCCAUAGUAACCCGUUCGGAAACGGGUGGAUUCGGAUUCAUUUGAGGGAAGUGAGAGAGUCUCAAGCUAAGGCUCGUGGAAUCCCGUAUAGGAAGAAAAGGAAACGGAAGAAGAACAGAAACGACGUCGUUGUAAAGAGAGAUAUUUCAAAGUCUUCGAGUCACAAUCAUAAUCGUUAGUCCACUUGUAUCUCGAUCAUAUAUAUAUUUUCCAAUAUAAGGUAAUCAAUUUCCUUGAUUCACAUUAUUAGAUUUCACUCAA